AUGGCAGUUGGAAAAAUUGUGGUAUCUGUGGCGUCCAUCCUUUUAGUGGUGGGUGUUGCCAUAGGAGUUGUCACCUUUGUUAAUAAAGGUGGUGAUGCAGGAGGAGACAAGACUCUGAACUCGCAUCAGAAAGCAGUUCAGACAAUAUGUCAGACAGCCACAGACCAAGGCUCAUGCGCAAAAACUCUUGAACCAGUCAAAAGCGAUGAUCCAAGCAAGCUUAUCAAAGCCUUCAUGUUGGCUACAAAAGACGCGAUUACAAAAUCCUCAAACUUCACGGCUUCAACCGAAGAAGGCCUAGGGAAAAACAUGAACGAGACUACCAAAGCCGUUCUUGAGUACUGCAAGAGAGUGUUGACAUACGCUCUUGAGGAUCUUGAAACCAUUGUUGAAGAAAUGGGUGAAGACCUUCAGCAAAGCGGAAGUAAGGUUGACCAACUUAAACAAUGGUUAACCGGAGUGUACAAUUACCAAACCGAUUGUAUUGACGACAUUGAAGAAGGGGAGUUGAGGAAAAUAAUGGGGGAAGGAAUCUCUAACUCCAAAGUUUUGACCAGUAACGCUCUCGAUAUCUUCCAUUCUGUUGUCACCGCCAUGUCCCAAAUGGGUGUCAAGCCCGAAGAUGUGGGAGGAGUUGGAGCUGCUGGGCGUCGCCUUCUUGAAGACAUCGACGCAAAGGGACUACCUACAUGGCUUUCUGGCAAAGACAGGAAGCUUAUGGCUCAGGUGGGACGUGGUGGUGAUGGUAUCGGUGAAGGCGCCGGUGAUGGCGGUAAGAUCAAGGCGACUCAUGUGGUGGCUAAGGACGGAAGUGGAAACUUUAAGACGAUUUCUGAAGCAGUCAACGCUUGCCCGGAGAAAAACCCUGGACGUUGCAUUAUCCAUAUCAAGGCUGGAGUCUACAAGGAAAUGGUCAGAAUCCCUAAGAAGAAGAACAACAUUUUCAUGUUUGGUGAUGGUGCUACAAAAACCAUCAUUACUUUUGACAAAAGUGUUGCAUUCAGCAAAACCACUACUUCACUCAGUGCCACCGUUCAGGUUGAAUCUGAGGGAUUCAUGGCGAAAUGGAUCGGAUUCCAGAACACUGCUGGUCCAUUGGGACACCAAGCGGUCGCAUUCCGUUGUAACGGAGACCGUGCGGUCAUAUUCAACUGCAGAUUUGACGCUUUCCAAGACACACUCUACGCCAACAACGGACGUCAGUUCUACAGGAACAUUGUUGUAUCCGGUACAGUCGAUUUCAUCUUCGGAAAAGGCGCCACCGUGAUCCAAAACUCUCUAAUCCUCAUCCGAAAGGGUAGCCAGGGACAAGCCCAUUACGUUACAGCCGACGGUAACGAGAAAGGUAACGUGGUCAAGGUCGGUAUCGUUCUUCAGAACUGCCGUAUCAUGGCGGACAAAGACCUUGAAGCUGAAAAGCUAACCACCAAAUCGUACUUGGGACGUCCGUGGAAGAAGUUCUCCACCACCGUAAUUAUUGGAACUGAGAUUGGUGAUGUGAUUAAACCAGAAGGAUGGUCCGAAUGGAAAGGGGAAUCUAACCACAAAACAGCCAAGUACAUUGAGUUCAAUAACCGUGGUCCAGGAGCUAACACUGCUGCUAGGGUUCCUUGGUCUAAGAUCGCUAAAUCUGCGGCUGACGUUGAAGGUUUCACCGUCGCUAACUGGUUGACUCCAGUUAACUGGAUUCAAGAAGCCAACGUGCCUGUCCAGCUUGGAUUGUAA